AUGACAGGAACAGAAACGACAUUGCUUACAUCAGAAUCGGUUACAAAUCAGCCUACAAAAGAUACGUUAAUUGCAAUAGAAUCUACAGCAAAACAACCUUCAAAUGAAAUAGAAGCGGGAACACCGUUAUUGACAACUGAAUCAGCUACUAAACAACUAAUAAAGGAAAAACAGACAGAAACAAUAUUUAUUACCACAGAAUCACCAACAAAACAACCUUCAAAAGAAAUACAUGCAGAUACAACAUUACUUACGACAGAAUCGGUAGCAAAGCAACCGAUAAAAGAAACAGAAACAACAUUACUUACAACAAAGUGGACAACAAAACAACCUUCAAACGAAAUACUAGUAGAGUCGGCAACAACAUUACUGACGACAGAAUCAGAUACAAAACUGAUAUUGACAGAAACGCAGACAGAAACAAUAUUACUUACAACAGACUCGGUAUCAAAACAACAAAUGAAAGAAUCAACAACAGAAACAACAACACUUACGACAGGAUCAAAUACAAAUCUACCAAUUAAGGAAACCAGAACAGAAACAAUUUUACAGACAACAGAAUUUGAAACAAUACAAACUACAAAAGAAACACAGACAGAAAAUAAAUUAAGUACAACAGAAUCAGACAUGAAACGAUUGACAAUAGAACAAAAGUCAGAAACAACAAAACUGACAACAGACUCAAAUAUAAAUCAACAUUCAAAAGAAAUGACAUCAAACUAUUUGCUUAAAAUAGAAUCAGAGACAGAUUUAACCACAAUGAUCGACAAAACAAAACUAGCAUUAGAAACAACAACAGAGCAAUUGUCAAAAAUGACUGGUUCACAAAUAAACACAACAAUAACGCAACCAGUAAUAUGUGAAGAAGAAGAAUCAAACACAAGUACUGAGACAGGGUUUGAAUUUACAACAAAGGGGCAGAUGAUAUCAGGAUCAACUGAUCUAGAACAAAAGACAACACUAGCAUCGGAGGAAACAACAUCAAACACAUUAUUAUUAACACAGAAUUCAAUAAAAUCGAUCAAAAUAGAAUCAACAUCAAAAUCAAUUACAGAAUCUUCAACAUUGUCAGAAUCAACAUUGAGGAUUGAAAAUGAAACAACACAAAUGCCAACAGACUCAGACACAACAAGAAAAAUUGCAUCUUCACCAAUAACGCAAUCUGCAAUAAUAUCAGAAAAAGAAACAACAUCAGUGCUAACAGAGACAUCACUAUCAUCAAAGAAAGAGACAACACAGGAGAUCAUAUCCUCACCAACAACCGAAAAAUCAAUAGAGUCAGUCUCAUCAUUAAUGACAGAAUCAACAAAAGUGACAACAUCAUCUCCUAUGACUGAAUCAACAGCUGAGCCAACAUUGAUAUCAGGAAAAGAAACCACUCCAAUGCUAAAAGAGACAUCAACAUCAUCAAUGAUAGAGUCAGCAACAGAGACAGCGUCAUCGUUAACGACAGAAUCAACUACAGGAACAUCAUUAACGAAGACAGAAACAUCAUUAAUGUCAAAACCAACAAAGACAGACUCAACAAAUACACCGAAGGCAUUAUCAAUGAAUGAUUCCACAACAGAACCAAUAAGUUCACAUGUUAUAGUAUCUACAACUGAUACAGUGUCAUUGGCAAUGACACAAUCCACAACAGGUAUUGUAUCAUCCUCAAUAAAAGAAUCUACAAUUAAUACAAUGAGUAAAUCAACAACAAAAACAGUAUCAUUUCCAAUGACAGAAUCAGCAAAAGAAACAGUAUCACCAAUAAUUACAGAAUCUACACCAGACACAAAAACUUCAUCAAUGAAAGAAUCAACACAGGAUACAAUAAGCAAACGAGUAACAGAAGCCAUACUAAAUACAGUAUCAUUACCAAUGACAGAAUCUGCAAAAGAAACAGUAUCAUCAACAAUGACAGAAUCCACAUCAGACACAAAAACUUCAUCAAUUAAAGAAUCAACACAAGAUACAAUUACCUCAUCAGGAUUAAAAUCCAUGUCAAAUAUAUCCAGAAUCCCAGAGACAGCAUCAUCAACAAUGGAACAAUCCACACCAGAUACAAAAACUUCAAUAAAAACAACAACACAAGAUACAACUACCCUACUAAAAGAAUCAACAACCAAUACAGGUAUAGAACCAAAUACAGAAUCUUUCAAAGAGACAGCAUCAUUAACAAUGACAGAACCCUUAACAAACACAAUAUCACCAGCAAUGAAAGAAUCCAUAAAAGAUACAAUAACGACGAUACAAAAUCCAUCCAUGCCUGAUUCAACAAAAGGAACACCAACAAUAUCAGAACAUGAAACAACACCAUCAUCGCUAAAGACAGAAUCAACAGAAGAAACUAUAUCAUCACUGUUUACAGAAGAAUCUGUAGGAAUCUCGUCAGUAAUGUCAAAAUCAACAACAGAGACAGCAUCAUCAUCAUCAAUAAAAAAUUUAUCAAAUGUAACAGGUUCAUCAUCAAUAUCAGAAAACCUAACACAGACACAGACAGAAAGCUUACCAGUGACAGAAAAAGGAGAAACAUCAUUGACAAAAUUAACAACAAAUCAAGCAUUAGCAAUAAAAACGGAAUCGACAGUUGAGAAAUUGUCCUCAUCAGUGUCAGAAAAAAUAAAGGAGUCAACAGCACAUUUAAUAACACAUUCAACAAAGGGAACAGAAUUGUUAUCAAUGAGAGUAACAACAAUUUUAGGUUCAUCAGCUACAAAAACAAGAUCAACACCAUUGGCAUUAUCAACAGCAACAGCAGCACCUUCAAUGACAGGAUCAACACAAGGUGCAGAAUUGUCAUCAAUGACAGAAUCAACAAUCGUAUCAAAAUCAUUGUCAGCUACAAAAAGUGGAUCAACACAAUUGAAAGAAUCCACAACAGAUACAGUAUAUUUCCAAAAUACAGAAUCAAGAAUCGAGGAAGUGUCGCUACCAAUUAAAGAAUCAACAAUUAGGAUAGUAUCUUCAUUAAUAGAAGAUCCAACUACAAAAAGAGUAUCAUCACCAAUGAGAGAAACAAAAUCUGAGACAAUAUCAUCAAUAUCAGAGUCAACUUUAUUAUUUACAGAAGAAAACACUGCAUCAUCAAAGUCACCAUUACUUUCAAGAGAAACAUAUACAACAGGCAGUGAAACAGCCUCAACAACGGCGACAUCAAAGGACAAACCAACGAUACAUACGUCAACAUCAGGAGCAACAACGUUAUUGAAAAAAGAUGCCACGAUAUCAGCAAGAUCUGAAGCAGAAAUAACAAAAACAAUGAGAGUAACUACCACAGAUUUAGAAGAUGAUUCCUUCUCCUCUUUGCUUUCAACUGAUGCAACAGAAACCUCAAUAAAAGAAGAGCCAGCAAAAAGCUCAUCAAAAGACAUGUCUUCAAAAGUAACAUCAACAGAAAAAAUCUUAAUAGAAGUGUUGAAAGAAAAAUCAACAAAAGACACAAUAACAAAAGGGACAUUUUCCACAGGGAUACCAAAGGAGAUUCCAUCAACAGAGACAUUAACAGAAAUGUCCUCUAAAGGGUUGUCAACAGAGACUUCAUCAAAAGGGGCGACAAACGAACCAUCGUCAAGAGAAGUUACAGAGACAUCAUCAAUAGGGCAGGGAACAAAAACUUCAUCUCAGAGAGUCACCACAGAAGCAUCAUCAAUAGGGCUGUCAACAGAGAAUUCAAUAGGAUUGUCAACAGACACAUCUUCAGUAAGAUUGUCAACGGAGACAUCUUCAGUAGGAUAUUCUGUAGAAUUGUCAAAAGAGAAAUCAACAGUAGGAAUGUCAAAAGAAACUACCUCAGUAGGGUUUUCACAAGAAACAUUGUCAAUAGAGGAGUCAACAGAAACAUCAGUCAGAGCACCUAAAGACACAUCAUCAUAUGAUUUACCAACCGAGAUAGCAUCAACAACAGUAUCAACAAAGACAUUAAUAAGUGAACUGAUGGAGACAACAUCAAUAUGGCUGUCAAAAGAAACAUCACCGAAAGAGCUGGCUACAGAAACAUCAUCAACGAAAGUAUCAACAAACCCAUCAUCAAAAGAAGUUUUACCAGAUCCAUCAUCAACAGGAAUUUCAAUAGGGACAAAAUCAGAAGAAUUGCUGACAUUUACACCAUCAAUAAGAAAUGUAACAGACACAUCAUUGAUGGGUAUUUCAGCUCAAACAUUAACAGGGGUUUCAACACAAACAUUAUUUAAAGAACAGUUUACAGAGACAUCAUCAAAAGGGAUAUCAUUUGAUACAUUGUCGAUAGAAAAGUCAUCAGACACAUCAUCUAAAGGAAUGUCAACAGACACAUCAUUAAAUGGAAUUUGGACAGAAACAUCAACAAAAAUGUCCCAGGGAACAUCGUCAAUAGGGUUGUCAACAGAGAUGUCAACCGUAAGGCUAUCAAGAGGAGUUUCGUUAGAGAAAUCAUCAGAAGAAAUCUCGACAAAGCCAUCAUUAAUAGGGCCAACAAUAAAUACAUUAACAGCAGAUGAGUCCACAGGAACGUCAUUAAAUGGAGCGUCAUUAGAGACAUAUUCAAAAGGAGAAUCAACGGAACCAUCAUUAAUAGGUUUAGCAAUAGGAACACCAUCAGAGGCGGUGCUAAUGGAGACAUCAUCACAAACAUCAUCAAAAGAAGUAUUAUCAGAGACAUUUUUAGUAUUGUCACAAGAGACUUCAUCUAUAGGGCUGUCAACAGAGAAAUUUACAAAAGACGUGUCAAUGGAGACAUCAUCCGAAGGAAUGUCAACAGAGGCUUCAACAAAUGGUGUGUUAUCAGAGAUAUCAUCAAUAGAACAUUCGGCAGAAACAUCAAAAACAGAGUUAUCAACACAGACAGCUUCAUCAACUAGGAAUCCAAUAGACCAUUCAAUAAUAGUGCAGUCAACAGAGACCUCAACAACUGAAAAUCCAACAGAUAUAUCACCAAUAAAAGAAAUUACAGAGACACCCACAAGCAAUGUGUCUAAAGAGACAACACCAACAGGGAUGUCAACAGAGCCAUCAUCAUUAGGUUUAUCGAUAGGGAUAUCAUCAGAAGGAGUGUUUGUGGAGACAUCAUCAAUAGGAAAAGGAACAGAGACAUCAUCAAAAGGGGUUUCAACACAAACAUCAUCAAAACAAAUAUCAUCAGAGGCAUUAUCAAUAGAAGUGUCACCACAGACAUCGACAAUAAGUGUGUUGACAGAGAGAUUGUCAAAAGACGCGUCAUCAGAAAAACUAUUAAAGGAAGUGUCAGCAGUGACUUCAGCAAAGGGAGUUUCAACACAAAUAGGGAUGUUGACAGACACAUCAUCAGUUGGGAUAUCAAAAGAGAUCAUAUCAACAGGACCGUCAACUGUAACAUCAAUCUGGCCAUCAAAAGAGAUAUCAUCAAUAAGGUACUCAACACAAGCAUUAUCAAAAGAACUUUUAAAAGAAACAUCAUCAAUUGGAGUUGCGACAGAGGUGUCAUCAAUAGGAAUGCCAACAGAAGCAUCAACAAUAGAAGUUUCAACAGAGACAUCAUCAAGAGGAAAGUCGAUAGAGACUUCAUCAAAAGGAGAGUUUCCAGGGUCAUCAUCAAUAGGAGUGUCAACAGAAACACCAUCAAAAGAAAUGUCGACAGAAACUUCAUCAUUAGGAGUGCAGACAGAUGGAUCAUCAAUAGGAAAGUUGACAGAGACAUCAUCAAGAGGUGUGUUACUAGAGGCAUCAUCGAUAGAAAUGGUGACAGAAACGUCAUCAUUAGGAGUGGAGACAGAUGCAUCAUCAAUAGGUAAAUCGACAGGAGUGAUACUAGAGGCAUCAUCGAUAGGAAUGGUAACAGAGACGCCAUCAAAAGUAGUCUCGACAGAGACAUCAUCAGUAGGAAUGUCGAAGGAGAAGCCUUAUUUAGGAGUUUUAACAUGGGCUUCAUCAAUAGGAAUCUCGACAGAGGCAUCAUCGAGAGGGGUGUCACCAGGGACAUCAUCAAUAGGAGUGUCGACAGAGGAAUCGCCAAUAGAAGUGUCCACAGAUACAUAUUUUGGAGUGUCACCAGAGGCCUCAUCAAUAGGAGUGACAACAGUUUCAUCAUCAAUAGCAGUGUCGAACGAGACUUCAUCGGUAAGGUUGUCACCAAGGACAUCAUCAAAAGAAGUGACGACAGAGGCAUCUUUAAUAAAUACUUCGACAGAGGCAUCAUCAAUAGAAUCGUCGACAGAGGCAUCAUCAAGAACAGCAUCGGCAGACACAUCAUGGAAAGAAGUGUCAGCAGAUACAUCAUCUCAUCAAGUGUUGACAGAGAUGUCAUCAAUAGGAGCGUCCACAGAGGCAUCUUCGAUAGGAGAGCCGACAGAGGCAUCAUCAAUACACUUGUCAACAGAGACAUCAUCAGUAGAGAUAUUGACAAUGACCCCAUCAAGAGAAGAAUUAAUAGAGGCAUCGUCAGACCGAGUGUCGUCAGAGGCAUCAUCAUUAGGAGUGUCGACAGAGGAAACAUCAAUAGGAUUGUCGACAGAGGCAUCAUCGAUAGUAGUGUCGACAGAGGCAUCAUUAAAAGAAUUGUCGACAGAAACAUCAUCGAGAGGAACGUCAACAGGGAUAUCAUCUAUAGGGGUGUUGCCAGAGGUAUCAUCAAUAGAAGUGACGACAGAAACAUCAUCAACUGAUGUGUGGACGGAGAAGCCGUCAUUUGGAGUAUCGACAAAGGCAUUAUCAAUUGAAGUUUCUUCUGAGGCAUCAUCCACAGGAGUGGUGGGAGAGUCGUCCACUAAGGGAAUAUCGACAGACGCACCAUCAUUAGGAGUGUUGACAGACACACAAUCAAUAGGACUGUCGAUAAAGAUAUCAACAGUAGGAGUGCCGACAAAGACAUCAUCAGGGCUAUCAACAGAGAUAUCUUUUAAAGACGAUUCAACAGAGACUUCAUCAACAGGGGUGUCGACAAAGUCAUCAUUAAAAGGAAUAUCAACAUCAUCCAAUAGACUGUCAUCAGACACACCAUCAUUUGGGCUGUCAACAGACUCAGCAUCAAAAAAACUGUCUUCAGAAACAUCAUCAAAAGGUCUGUCAGCAGAUUCAUCAUUAGGUAUAUCAUCAGAGUCAUCAUCGAUAAGGUUGUCCGUAGAAACAUCACCAAUGGGUCUGUCAUCAGACACUUCAAUAAGGCUAUCAGAGGAGACAACAUCAAUAGGACUGUCUUCAGAGAAACCACCAAUAGGGUUGUUAUCAGAAACAUCGACAAAAGGACUAUCAAAAGAAACAUCAACAGCAAGCUUCCAAUUAGACAAUUUGUCAGUAAAACUGUCAACUGAGACUUCAGACGGGAUGUGGCUGUCAAAAGAGACGCCGUCAAAAGCGUUGUCAAGUGAAAGUUCAUCAAUAGGGCUAUCAACAGAUACAUCAUCAAUAGGACUGUCAUCAGACACAUCAUCAAAAGGGUUAUCUUCAGAGACAACAUCAAUAGGUCUGUUACCAGAUACAUCAUCUAUAGGGCUGUAUUUAGAGACAUCAACAAUAGGGUUGUCAAGACAUCAUCAAUAG